AUGGUUGUGUCGAGAGUCGAUAACAUGGCUUCAUACUCCACAUACACUGGAAAACCGAAAAUAUUUUUUCCCAAGAAGGUACGUUCGGAGGAAUCCCUUCUUGGUCCUGAACAACCUACCAAGGGUUCUCGAUGGAUACCAGAGUUUACGCUGGAUGGGAACAACCGUAUAAAACACAACGGCAGCGCCAAAGAUCUAGCUUCUGUCAUGGAAAACUUGAAAAAAGGGAGCCUUGUCUCUAGACAAAAUCAAACACUUAAUACCCAAGUCACCAGCUCGUCCACGCAACAGAUGGUAUCCAGCACGACUUCUAGCAGUGCAACUUCAAGCCAAAGAAUGCAAAGUUCAACGCAACGGCUUCAGCACAUGGCUGCUUCAGAAUUAAAGGCGAGCUCCAUGAAGUCGGAUCUCAGUGAACUCAAAAGCUCUAUUUCAGAGAUGAAAAAUUUAAGCAGCACAGCAGCAAAGAAUUUUGGCCAAAGACUAAGAAGCUCAAUGGAGAACAUCGUUGAUCAAGAUGACUUGGGAGACCGAAAUUUGCCCGUGAUUCGGGACCUUAGUGAAAUGGAUGACAUAGGAGAUAUUAGUGAAAUGAGCGAGCUAUCUAAUGACGGACCUUUGGUAACUUUCCCUGAAUCCGACACUCCACCUCCUAUGACCGAAAAACCCUCUUUGCUUUCUGGAAAUACUGCUAGAGACAUGGUUGGCUCCAAUACGGCCAAUGAGCUGAAAUACAGUGCAGCAAGAAUGACAUCUGCCAGCUCAACUCGUGUUGUAGCUGAUGGAUAUAGUGCAUCGAGGUCGGCAUCUAACAGUUCAAGAAUGCGUCGUGUCCAGCACGGCGAUCUGCAGUAUGCGGAACGCAGUGCGGCGAGUGCAUCACAUCGAUUAUUGCAAGCAGAAGGCCUGACUGCAGAACAAAAUGCAGCAUCUCUUCAAGAGCAACGGUCGCUUAAAGCAGGUGAAGUGACAGCACAGGAAGCUAAUAACAUGUCUGCUACAAGUUCGAGGUUACAAACGGAAGCAUUCAGUGCAGAAAAAAUGGCAAUGGCUUCAGCUCAAGCUCGUCAAACAGUUACCUCAAGUGGGAUGUUCAGCCAUAAAGAGCACUCCAGUGUAGCUCAUUCUAAUAUGACAAUCUCCAAAAAUUUAUCAACCAAAUCAACUCUUCAUACUUCUUCUCAGAUGUCUCAAUUAUUAAACGGAACAAUGAAGGCGGGCGAUGAAGACCUUUCAAAUUUAACUUUCGAAGAUUUAGAUAAUUUAAACGCAACUUCAAAUCCAAAGGACGUUGAGAUGGCAAUUCAAAAAUAUUCAACUAGAAUGAAUGCGUUUAUAACAUCAAUCAAAAACAACCAAAUAGAUAUGCAAAACGCCUCAAAACAUUUCGAUAAGUUAAAUGAAAUGUUACGGAGAGCUUGGGCAGUGCAAACAUAUGGUCAUGAACUUGGUUAUUCCCUAUGUAACAUAUUAAGAGAAUCAGGGGGACUUGAUAUACUUAUGACAAACUGUUUAGAGAAGAACAAUUCAGAAUUACAAUUCUCUUCGGCGAAACUACUCGAACAGUGUCUUACCACGGAGAAUAGAGCUCAUGUUGUAGAAAAUGGACUUGACAAAGUAGUGAAAGUGGCAUGCUCGUGUACAAAAUUUGCAAAUUCAGUCGAUCAUUCCAGAACUGGUACAGGAAUAUUAGAACACCUAUUCAAACACAGUGAAAGUACGUGUGGAGAUGUCAUUAAGCUGGGAGGUUUGGACGCUGUCUUAUUUGAAUGUCGAAAAAAUGACGUAGAAACGUUAAGGCAUUGUGCCACAGCAUUGGCCAAUUUAUCUUUAUAUGGUGGAGCUGAGAAUCAGGAGGCCAUGAUAAAGAGAAAAGUGCCUAUGUGGUUAUUCCCUUUAGCAUUCCACAAUGAUGACAACAUUAAAUACUAUGCCUGCUUAGCCAUCGCCGUUUUGGUAGCAAAUAAGGAAAUUGAAGCUGCUGUCUUAAAAUCAGGCACACUAGAUUUAGUGGAACCAUUUGUAACAUCACAUAAUCCGUCAGAAUUUGCUCGAUCAAAUCUUGCACAUGCUCACGGUCAAAGUAAAAAUUGGCUCCAAAGGUUGGUACCAGUAUUAAGUUCAAAGAGAGAAGAAGCUAGGAAUUUAGCUGCGUUCCAUUUCUGCAUGGAGGCGGGAAUCAAAAAGCAGCAAGGGAACACCGAAAUAUUUAGGGAAAUAGGUGCGAUAGAGUCACUGAAGAAAGUUGCUAGCUGUCCAAAUGCUGUAGCGUCUAAAUAUGCUGCACAAGCCUUACGAUUAGUCGGUGAAGAAGUGCCACACAAACUGUCACAGCAGGUUCCACUUUGGUCUAUAGAAGAUGUGAGGGAAUGGGUGAAACAAAUUGGUUUCUGUGAAUAUGCUAACAAUUUCUAUGAAAGCAAAGUCGAUGGAGAUUUAUUAUUACAAAUUACGGAGGAAAAUCUUAAAGAAGAUAUUGGUCUGCAAAAUGGAAUCAGACGUAAGAGAUUCACUAGAGAACUUCAACAACUUAAGAAAAUGGCAGAUUAUACUUCACGGGAUAGGAGUAGUUUAAAUGAUUUUUUACAAGGUAUAGGACCAGAAUAUACCAUCUAUACCUAUUCGAUGCUAAAUGCUGGUGUAGAUAAGGAAUCAAUUCGAGGAUUAAGUGAUGAGCAAUUGGAGAAUGAAUGCCGCAUAGUGAAUAGUAUACAUAGAUUAAGAAUUUUAAAUGCUAUUAGAGCUUACGAAAAUAGUUUACCUAGCAAAGGAGAGGAAAACAUGGAAAAAAAUCUGGACGUAUUUGUCAGUUAUCGAAGAUCCAAUGGUUCUCAAUUGGCUAGUUUGUUAAAAGUCCAUCUUCAAUUGCGAGGUUUUACGGUGUUUAUAGAUGUAGAACGACUAGAGGCUGGCAAAUUCGACAACAACCUCUUACAGAGCAUACGUCAGGCAAAACACUUUUUACUUGUACUCACGCCGAAUGCGCUUGAUAGGUGUAUAAGAGAUAAUGAAAGAAAAGACUGGGUUCACAGAGAAAUUGUGGCAGCUUUACAAUCACAAUGCAAUAUUGUACCAAUUAUAGACAACUUCGAAUGGCCUAAAGCUGAAGAACUACCUGAAGAUAUGAGAGCUGUGUGUCACUUUAACGGCGUUAGAUGGAUUCAUGACUAUCAAGAUGCAUGUGUUGAUAAGCUAGAAAGCUUCAUCCGAGGAAAGUCAAAUCUUGCGAACCGUCUAGAUGGACCGUUAAGAGGUCGAGAGCCGCUCAUACACACACUGCCACCUGUUAGACCACGAAGAAAUCGCCAAUCCUCCUCCCUGGGAAAAGCUUUAUCAACUACGUCUCAAAGCUGCGAACAAUUGCCCACUAGUUCUAAGAACACAUCGCCUGACAAAUCACUAUUCAGUCUGCCUGAACGUUUAUCAGAAAGUAGUGAUAACAUAGACUCUGAGAUAGAGAAAUCUUCACGCAGAUGCCGUAGCUGUGAAGGUAUAUUAGAAGCCGAGGAACAAACACACACACAACUAUCUUUGCCCACGCCUAUUGAAGCUGCCACACAAACAAAGAGGAAAAGAAACUUCAUGGACAGAUGCGUGAACAAAGUGAGACUGUGUUAA